AUGGCCGAUCGAGAGCAAACUCAAUUUGAUGACACUAAUAAAAUCAAAUCAAUAACUGAACAAAUAGCUGAAAUCAAUGUUGAUGAUGCUGCAUCAGAUUCUGAUGAAGAAGCAGCAGCAGCGUCAGAACAAGAAUGGAAAUUUUGGCGUACACAACCAGUAACGCCUCUUGGAAUAAAAGUAGCUAAGGGAAAAAAUGGACCUAUCGAAGAAAAUAAACAUAUUGAACAAUUAAAACAAGAACCAUAUGAAUUACCAGAUGGAUUUUCAUGGAGUGAAAUUAAUGUUUCUCAUGAUGAACAAUUAAAAGAAUUGUAUACAUUCCUGAAUGAAAACUAUGUAGAAGAUAAUGAUAAUAUGUUUCGCUUUGAUUAUUCAAUGCCACUUUUACAAUGGGCUUUGUGUUCGCCAGGAUGGACUCCAAAAUGGCAUGUGGUUAUACGUCAUACAGAAAGUCGUGAAAUAGCAGGAUUUUAUAGUGCUGCGCCUAUUAAAAUAAAAGUAUAUGACAAAGAAUUGCCGAUGAUUGAAUCGAAUUUUUUGUGUGUUCACAAAAAUUUCCGUCUAAGACGUUUGACGCCGAAGUUAAUCGCUGAACUAUAUCGACGGGUUAAUUUAAGUGGAAUUUUUCAAGGUGUUAAUACAGCUGGUGUUCUUUUACCUGGUGUUGUUGGCAAAUGUUUAUAUUGGCAUCGAUUAAUUAACGUCGAAAAAUUAUUGUCUGUCGGAUUUACUCAGUUGGGUAGACGGAUGACAUUACAGAUGAUGAAAGAAAUGUAUCAAUUACCCAAAACAACACGAGUAAGAGGCUUUCGUGAAAUGCGUGAAUCUGAUAUACCGAAAGCACUUACUCUACUCACUCAAUAUUUAAAAACAUUUGAUCUGUCGCCGGUGCUCACUCAAGAAGAAUUCCAAUAUCUUUGCCAAAAUCGUCCAAACAUUGUCAGGUCGUUUGUUGUUGAACAAGAAAAUGGUGAAAUAACAGAUUUUGUUUCGUACUAUCAUCUGUUAACAACAGUUCUCAAUCACCAGCAACAUAAAACAUUAAAUAUAUGCUAUCUCUAUUAUUAUGCUGCAAGCCGUACAUCACUUUCUGAUCUUAUUAAUGAUUGCCUUGUAGAAGCGCAUAAGAGUGAUUGUGAUGUAUUCAACGCACUUGAUGUCAUGGACAAUAGAAAAUUUUUCCGACAGCUCAAAUUUGGUGAGGGGGAUGGAAUUCUUAAUUAUUACAUUUACAAUUGGCAAUGUCCAAGGAUAAAUUCAGAAAAGAUCGGAUUACUACUCUUAUAA